CAAUUGGAAAUGGUUAGAGGGAGAGUGCAGGCUGCCACGGCUUCUCCUACCAAUCUAUGCUGCGGUGCUGCCCUGCUUGGACAUAUUCAAAGUCUUUUGAAGGCAUCUGAUUGCGUGGGCUGUCAGGUGCUCAGUGUUUGAAUCCAGCCAUGAAUAUAAUUGGAGCAGAGGAUGAAGACUUUGAGAAUGAUGAGCAACCUAAUGUGGAUGAUCACUUCAGUCAUUUUAACAGUAUUGAACUGUUGAAGUCCAGGCCCACCCACUUGCUGGCCUUCAUUCACCAUGUCAUGCUACAGUUUGACUGCGCUCCUGUGCUAUGCUACCUUCAUGCUGACCUCUUCAAGAACUUCAAUGCUAAAGACACCAAGAAACACUUUGGGGAAUUCUACAACACUUUCCUGGAUAAAGGAGCGAUUCUCAGAGUAUCAGUGCCAAACAACAUAGUCUUUGAACUGGAUCGCACGCGUCCAGACAUGAUCAGUGAAGAACAACAAAAACAUUUCGUUUAUGAUGUUCAGUUCAUGCAGGCUCCAGAGGUACGGCGACAGCUGGAGGACUUCAGGCAAAAAAGGAUGAUGGGAAUGACUCCUAACGAUUGUGAGCUACAUGAUGUGGAAUCGCAUCGGCCCACUGAUCGCAUCCCCGUGGAGAUGAAGGAGAAGGCUGUAGCUGAAACCAUGCUGGAAAAGAUGUUUGAGGCCAACCCCUCAAUUGUUGCUGACAAGGACAAAAGUAACGUCAUCUUUGGAGCAUUGGCCUUGUAUAUGAAGCACCUUGGUGUCAAGACCAGAGCACUUGACAACAAGAAGACCAAAUCAGGAUGGCGUCCAUCUGUCCCUUCUGUAUUAAAGCCAUGGGGAGGUAAACCAGUCAAACCAGGCAAACCAGUUCCACCUGAUGGUAAGCAAACUAGGUUGGACAUUGAAGUAAAGUCCAUUAAACCAAGUUUCCCACCUCAAGUUGCCGGGAAUGAUGGCAUCUCCCCUGCAGGCCGAAAGUCUAUUGGGGGAGGGUCAGGUAGCAUCCAUGGCUCAGAGAGCAGUGAAGGGUCGACCAUCAGUAUCAGCAUCACUACCUGCCCCGACUCUCAAAGUGGGAUGGGUGUCAGCAACAGUCGCUCAGACCCCAAACCAAUGCCAGAGGUGGGAGAUAUUUCUCCUGUUAUCAUUGGUGUGGGUCUCCCUAUCUGUGAACCUCCCUCUGACAUCCCUCUAGAAGACUGUCAGGAGAGUGUCAGGAAUGUGCGGCGCAGUGAGAGCCUUUGUGUGGAGCGCCGUCACUCCCGCCGUGGUCGCUCCACCCGGUCCAAGCAGUCUCGCUCACGUAGCGAUGUGGACCUGCAGUCAACCUCCAUCUCCCAUCCCUCCUCACCCUCCCCACAGCACUCCGUCUCUGUGGAAGGUGGAUCGUUGCCUGAUGGGCUCAUUGCCGGUCCUGUCUUUGGCCCUAUCCAGUCACAGGAGGAAAUAGAGCCCCGUCUCUUGGAGCUUGAGCAGGACCCACCCAACUGGAGAGAAAUUGCUUGCAGUGUGAAUCUGGGCAAACUCGGCAAGAAGGAGACCAAAAGACAAGAAGUCAUUAAUGAGUUGUUUGCGACAGAGCAUGCUCAUGUCCGUAUGCUGAGUGUAUUGCAAACACUGUUUUUUCGUCCACUGGAGAGAGAACAGAUUAUAAACAAGGAUGAGCUGAAUAUCAUCUUCCCAAACCUUGAUGAGAUCAUAGAAAUGCACUAUGCUUUCUUUGAGAACCUGAAAAAACUGCGCCUGGAAGACGAAUACAUUGUCAAAACCAUAAGCACGCCACUUCUAAACCGGUUCAGUGGAUCAGAAGGGGAAUGGUUUCAGAAACUCACUGCACGUUUCUGUAGUCACCAGUCCUGGGCUCUGGAGCAUAUAAAGAGCAAACAGAAGAAGGAUCCCCGAUUUAAUGCUUUCAUACUGGAAGCAGAAACUAAGCCUCAGUGUAGGAGGCUACAGCUGAAAGAUAUCAUCCCCAUAGAGAUGCAAAGACUCACUAAGUAUCCUCUUCUGCUGGAGAACAUUGCCAAGAAUACAGAGGAUGAAACAGAAAAAUCCAACAUUAGCCAAGCAGCAGAGUGCUGCCGUAAGAUCCUCAACCACGUCAAUGAAGAAGUCAAACAUAUGGAGAACCUGCUGAUUUUGAAAGACUACCAGCGCAGACUGGACACCUCAGGACUGAAGCCAAGCAAUGACCUCUACACUGAGUACAAGAACAUUGAUCUGACCUCCAGGAAUAUGCUGUUUGAAGGGCCUCUGACAUGGAAAGUGACCAAGGAGAAAGCAAUCGAUGUGCACUGUGUGUUGCUGUCAGACUUGCUGGUCUUGCUGCAGAAGCAGGAUGAUAAGAUGGUUUUGAAGUGUCAGAGCAAAAGUAACAUUGCCGUUCAGGAAGGCAAACAGAUGCUGAGUCCGAUCAUCAAACUGGAGUCUGUUUUUCUCAGAGAAGUAGCCACUGACCCAAAGGCCCUCUAUGUCAUCUUCACCUGGGACAGUGGAGCACAGAUCUACGAGCUAGUGGCUCAAUCUAUCGUGGAAAGAAAAAAUUGGUCAGAAGUGAUUAAGUCUGCAGUUGAUGAGCUGAAGAAGAGAGGAGGGAACAAGCUGAACAGAAACAGACCUGGCAGUGUACCUACCGGUGCCAUUGGACCUGGAUACAGUGCAAAUUUUAAUCCCCCUCUUAGCCCCACUGAGAACGGAGGAGACUUGUUGAAAGUUCGCAGCGGGCGAUUUAAGGACAAUCUUGCUGAUGAGAAAGUUAGAGAUUCUGGGCCUUCACUCAUAGACUACCUAGCUGCCAAUGGAUUUGACCUGCUCACCCACAGCCACACACCUCCAGAGAAGACGGCUAUUGGUGCUUUGGAUGAACUUAUGGAUUUGAAGAGGCUGUUGGUUGGGAGGAUUAGCCUUUCAGAUGACUCUCAGACUGUUGGGGAGAUUGGAGGGGCGGGGCCUGAAAGUCUGGAGACAGAUGGAUUUCCAUCAACAGUGGAGGAAUCCAUUGUAGAUGAAAAAGGGCAAGGAAAGGAUGGUGGGAAUAAAGGAGAAGAAAGAGGGAUCAGUGCUCCUCUAGUGCUGUCUCAGGAACUCAUGGAGGAGGUGCAGAGACGACUACAGGCUCUCAAGGAGCAACUAAAAAGACUGCAGAAUGUUGAGGAGGACCAUCAUAAGUUGCAAGAACUCCUUGCUAAAUAUUCACUUCAGGGGAGCCAUUUCAACUGAGAAACUUACAAGAUAACUGUACGUGCUGGACUUGAAAGUUGCUUUCGAGGGAUACACUGAUUGACUAAAGCCUGAAUUUUCCUGCUCUAUCCAUUCCCUCUUCUCAACUGUCCUUUCAGAAGAAUGACAUCAGGCCUCAGGCAGUUUCCAAGCCACUGAGUAAUGAAAUAGAGCGCUUGUUGUGAAAUUAUAGUAAUCCUUGAGCAUGAAUGAGUGGGUAUGUGUUUCGCAUAGAGGUAUGAGAAAGUGACAGUCUUGCCAAAAAAUGCCAAAGAAAUGAGCAAACACCUAGAGAGAGAUCAGAGUGAAAUGCUGAGUGUGCAUGUAAAGUCAUUACAACACAAAUAUACACACACACACACACACACACACACACACACACACACACACCAUAGUAAAUCGAAGCAUGUCAAAAGUAGUUUAGUGCCAAGAGACUAUAGCAAGUAUAGUUGCAUCUCUAUGAAUACACAGUGCUUCAAUCUCAAAUAUAAACUGCUGCUGUGACAGAUGAUUCAGUCAGGUUUUUAAUCAGGUUAUUCUAACAGAUAAUGUGUCGUUUCUUUUAGUGUUGAAAUCAACAGAGAGCAGCCAUGUCCAAAAUAUUUUGGCAAAACAUA